GGUGUGUCAGAUGUAAACUUUGGUUGUGAGGGCACAAGAAAUCCCAAAUGAGACAGCAAUUCUUGCACUGUGUCAUCAAAAAUUAUUAAGAAGAAAAAAACAUUAGAAAGGCAACGAAAGGAUGAUUUUUCUGCAAAUUUUGUGUGUUGCUGGGAUAUUACUCCUUAACAUAUCAGGUUAUCUCUGUCAGUUAGAUGUGUGUGGCCAAGCUCCUUUGAACAACAAGAUUGUUGGAGGGGUGGAAGCGACCACAGGGUCUUGGCCUUGGCAGGCCAGUAUUCGGGUUACCAGCAGUGACCGUCAUUUCUGUGGUGGUAGUCUCAUUAAUAAAGACUGGGUCUUAUCUGCAGCUCACUGCUUCCAGAGCAUCAGCUCCAGUGCAAGUUAUAUAUCCGUCACUUUGGGAUGUCAGACCUUAUCAGGCUCAAACCCAAAUGCAGUAACUAAAACAGUAAGUCAAGUCAUCACCCAUUCCAGCUACAAUGCAAAUACCGAAAGCAACGACAUAGCUCUCCUAAAGCUCUCGUCUUCUGUGACUUUCACCAAUUACAUACGGCCUGUCUGUCUGGCUGCUAGUGGUAGCACAAUUGAUGCAGGUGCUAUGACCUGGAUCACUGGAUGGGGAACACUCCAUGCAGGAGAUUCUUCGCUUCCAAACAAACUGCAGGAGGUACAGAUACCGAUUGUGAGCAACACUGAUUGUAAUAAGGCUUAUAGUGGUAUUAUUACAAGCAACAUGCUGUGUGCUGGUGUUACCUCGGGGGGCAAAGAUUCAUGCCAGGGAGACUCUGGAGGUCCAAUGGUCUAUAAGAACGACUCCCUGUGGAUUCAGUCUGGAAUUGUGAGUUUCGGGAGAAGUUGCGCUCAAGCCGACUAUCCUGGUGUGUACACCAGAGUGUCUCAAUACCAGUCUUGGAUCAACAAUUACAUAAGCAGCAGUCAGCCUGGAUUUGUCCAAUUUGCUGCAACUGGUGGUUCAUCUAACCUUCACCACUAUCUUCCUCACACAUUCUUCAUCUUACUGUAUCUCUUUUUGAUGAUUAUACGCCUAAUUUUGUAUGUUGCUGGGAUAAUACUUCUUAACAUGGCAGGCUGUCUCUGUCAGUUAAAUGUGUGUGGCCAAGCUCCCUUCAACACCAAGAUUGUUGGAGGGCAGAGUGUGACCACAGGGUCUUGGCCUUGGCAGGCCAGCAUUCAGUUAAUCGGUGGAAGUCAUUUCUGUGGUGGUAGUCUCAUUAAUAAAGACUGGGUCUUAUCGGCAGCUCACUGCUUCCAGAGCUAUGGUGCAUCUAGUAUUGCCGUCUCUUUGGGACGUCAGACCUUAACAGGCUCAAACCCAGAUGCAAUAACUAAGACAGUAAGUCAAGUCAUCACCCAUUCCAGCUACAACUCAAAUACUGAAAACAACGACAUAGCUCUCGUAAAGCUCUCAUCUUCUGUGACUUUCACCAAUUACAUACGGCCCGUCUGUCUGGCUGCUAGUGGAAGCACACUUGAUGCAGGUGCUAAGACCUGGAUCACAGGAUGGGGAAAACUCCAUGCAGGAGAUUCUUCGCUUCCAAACACACUGCAGGAGGUACAGAUACCGAUUGUGAACAACACUGAUUGUAAUAAGGCUUAUGGUAUAAUUACAAGCAACAUGCUGUGUGCUGGUUUUACCUCGGGGGGCAAAGAUUCGUGUCAGGGAGAUUCUGGAGGUCCAAUGGUCUAUAAGAACGACUCCCUAUGGAUUCAGUCUGGAAUUGUGAGUUUCGGGAAAAGCUGCGCUGCAGCCGGCUUUCCUGGUGUGUACACCAGAGUGUCUCAAUACCAGUCUUGGAUCAACAAUUACAUAAGCAGCGAUCAGCCUGGAUUUGUCCAAAUUUCUGCAACUGGUGGUUCAUCUAACCUUCACCACUAUCUUCCUCACACAUUAUUCAUCUUCUCACUUUAUCUCUUUUUGUAA